UGACAUUGAUUUCAGAAGGACAGCUUUGAGUGAAAUGGCCUUCCUCACUACACUACAGGCAGCCUUAUCGCGCUGUUGCCCUGGGCGUAGCUCAGCUGGAUGUUCUUCACAGUCCCUGGCAUUUUUUAAAAGGGUGAAGGCACAAGGUUGAUGGGGCAAAAUGGCCUUCCUCACAACAGGCAGCCUUAUCUCGCUGUUGCCCUGGACGAAGCACAGCUGGAUGUCCUUGGGCAGCGAGUAAGAAACAAGUCCCUGUCAGUUUUGGAGAGGGUAAAAGCACAAUGUUGGUGUUCUGGUCCCAGGGUGAAGAGCGUCCUGCUAGGCUUCUUUCCUAUCCUGUCAUGGCUGCCUCACUACUCCAUCAGAGAAAACGCCCUUGGAGACCUGGUGUCGGGAGUCAGUGUGGGGAUCAUACAUCUGCCAACAGGUAUGGCCAACGCCAUGGUGGUGGGAGUUCCUCCCGCGUUUGGUCUCUACACCUCUUUCUAUCCUCUGAUCAUCUACUUCAUCUUCGGCACCUCGAGACACCUCUCCAUCGGUACUUUUGCCGUCCUGGCCAUCAUGAUCGGGUCUGUGACAGCCAACGUGGAGUCGGUUAGUAACAACAACGGAGACAGUCAGGCUGAUGUUGAAGCGGCCAAAGUGAAUGUGGCUUUACAAGUCACCUUCCUCACUGGCCUCAUACAGACUUUAAAGGAUGUUUUGCUCGGAGUGACCAGCGCUGUACCAGGAGCGCUGUCAGUCUCCGUGGUUUCCAUGGUGAUACUAAUCGGAGGCAAGAUGCUGAAUGAGCGCUUUAAGAACAAGCUGCCUGUCGCCAUACCGUGGGAACUUAUACUGAUUGUGCUGGGCACCAUGGUGUCCGUGUAG